AUGUGUGCUGCAAUUGGGUUCAAGCUUGGCUGCGGUAGACACCACUUCUCGGAUAUCUCGAUUCGCCACUGCUCCCGAAACAUGUCCAUCGAGGUGUUUGACAACUACUUCAAGGAGGGCCGCAAGAUCGUGACCGUGAAGGACGUUGAGCCUGAGCAGUUCAUCAAGGCUUUCUCCCAGCACCUCAAGCGCCAAGGCCGCUUCGAGCUGCCGAAGUGGGCGGAUGUGGUAAAGACGAGCAAGGCGAAGGAGCUGCCACCUUCCGAUCCGGAUUGGCUGUACGUCAGAACGGCGUCCAUGGUGCGAAAGAUCUACAUUCGCAAAGGCAUGGGCGUUGGUGCCUUCAAGAAGGUGUACGGAGGACAGAAGCGCCGAGGUACCUGCACCAAUGUCUUUACCAAAUCCUCCGGCAAGAUCGCGCGGUACAUUCUGCAGCAGCUGGAGGAGAUGGGACUGGUGGAGCAGGACGACCAGGGCGGCCGAAUGAUCACGAAGGAGGGCCAGCGCGAAUUGGACACCGUGGCUGUUCAGGCAGCAGCUGAAGAGGAGGAAGAAGACUGA